AUGGAGAUCCCCUCUCCACCUGGACCAGGGUCAGCAGUAGCUCUUCGUCAUCCUCCUCUUCCUCCAGCAGGCAGGGAGGAGGAGGAAGGCAGUCGGGACAUCCUGUCCGUCUCCCCGAGACGACUCCUGCUCUGCCCCCUCGGAAAAAACCUGUAUCUUUGUGUGUCUGUGACGGCGCUGCUGUCUCCCUCAGUCUGCCCAGGUCCUGUCUCGGUGUCGGUGAGGUUUGGGGACUCUGUCUCUCUGCCCUGCGACGGAUCAGCCUACAGGGGGACCCCAGAAGAUCGGAUCUACCUGAGGUGGAAGACUCCACAGCUCCUCGUCUAUGAGUUGAGCAGAGGACACCUCUACACUGGCCCGGGGUUCGAGAACAGAGCUGAGGUGUCCCGAGAGAAGAUCAGAGAAGGAAACUUCUCCCUGACUCUUCAUCACCCUUCCUUCUCUGAUGAAGAUGUCUAUGAGUGCGCGUUCAAGAAGGAAAUCAACAACCUGAUGAUUUUGGGAAGCAUCAGGCUGAAUGUCACAGCUCGAUCAGAAGUCCUCACCCUGCUGUCCGGAGACAGUCUGACUCUCCCUCUCCACACUGCUGAGCCAGUGGAGGUGAUGUUUGAUCCUGGAGGAUCUGCCCAGUCUCCCGCAGUCUUACUGAGCAGCGCAGGGCUCCCUGGCCCCGGGUACGAGCAGAGAGUGUGGGUGCGGGGCGGCUCUCUGACACUGCGCUCCCUCACACCAGCUGAUCAGGGGAGCUACACAGUGAGGGACCUUCAGGGAAACACCAUCAAUCGCUCACAGUUCGUCACGUGA